AUGAGCUUUCACUGUCAGAGCUGGAUGGUCUUACAGAUUGUUUUUGCAACAGUAAUCACACAAGAUUUGAGCAGUAAAGAAGCGACAGACAGUAAGAGCCCAGUGCCUUUCCCUGUCUUCUUGCCAGUUGACUACGAGGUUCGGGAUUCUGACUACCUCUUCCUUAAGGAGGCUGGCCAGGACUUCAUGAGGAACUCCAGCAUGCAGAGCCACACGCAGCCCUUUGUUAUUUUAAGAGCCAGCCGCCAGCCAACUGUCAAUGCCAGCUAUGGCAACAUGUCCAUAGCGAGGGCUGUACCGCUGGAUCUGGUCCAGUCCAUGCAGCUCUUUAAUGCCCCAGAGAUCUUUACGUUUAACUGGAAAAUCCAGGCCUUCAUGCUGACGCCUCUGGUUUUCUCCUCCAAGCCCAAAGUGCGGGUCCUCUUCUAUGUGGCAGGGAGAGAUUGGAACAGGGGCCAGGGAGCUGUGGAUGAGCUUCCAUGUGUGACAGUUUAUGCUUUCUGGCAAACUCAGGAGGUGAGGGGUUCCUGUGCCAACGGAUGGGAGAGGGGGACCUGCAUGGCUGAGCUGGCCCCCGCACCUGGCUGGUUUUCUCCGGGGGUGGAGGGCACCAGCAGGGAGAGGCAAGAUUCGUCCGCCGGGAACCCUGUGGAACUGUACUACCAGGCCCGGCCUAGAGUCAACGGGAAAUGUAAUUACGUGGACGGAAACCGUUGGGGCGGCUCGCUGCAGCCGGCCGAGUACGUUCCCGUCACCCCCAUGCAGAGGAUCGGAAGCGUGCGUCUUCUUCAGGUACCUAAAGGAAUGGCGACGCUAUCGCGGCUCAAGCUGGGCAACGCAAUUGUCAUACGGACAUCCUCCAAGCCUCUGAAAAAGACAGACAUUGCGACUUUCUACAUACUCAUGGCCAGCUCUGUUCAGCUUACUAACUUCACUCUAAGAGCAUCCGUAAAGAAAGGUGUGACCUUUCGAACAGCGACGCCCAGUAGCUCGUUACUCUGGGAUAUCACUCUGGAUAUGGGUGGAGAUGGAGCCAUUGCUGUUAUUUGUCAGAGGAAGGCACCGAUACCUGGAAAAAGGCUUGAAAGUAGCCUGCUGGAGGUACUUCAGAUGGACUUUGAGGUUGAGGAGCUGAGCAGUCCUCUUGACAGCCAAGUUAUCAUAUGGAAACUGGAACUACCGUCUGCGCCCAAGAAUGGAGGCAGAACUGAGGGAGCCAUGAGGAUUUAUACAACCCAGAGAGACUUUGUGGGCCUUGCUCCCCUUGUAAUGGACACAGAGAUCCUGAACACUGCUGUGCUGACUGGGAAGAAGGUGGUGAUGCCUGUGAGGACAGUGGCUGUGGAAGAAGAUGGUUCAGUCACAGAUGUGUCUGACUACACGGACUGCAGCUCAAGUGAUGAAGAUGUUCUUCAGGUGUCAGACAGGUGUGACCACGUCUUUGUAAAUGGAAAGGAGACCAAGGGCAAGGUGAAGAUGAUAGUAAACUUCACCUACAGCUACCUGUCUGCUCAGCUCGAACUGAACGUGUGGAUGCCGCGGCUUCCCCUCCAGAUCGAGCUGUCAGACUCAGAACUUAGCCAGAUCAAAAGCUGGAGGGUGCCCAUCCUGACUUCCAAAAGAUCUGGAUGGAACAAAGAAGAAACUGAAGGGAAAGGGAAAGGAUGCAUGCUCCAGUAUCAGCAUGCCCUCGUCAGCGUGCUAACACAUUUUGUGGGAGAGCAGGAGGAUCCCCGGGAUCCUACAGCCUAUUUCCUGGGCCCUGAUUGGCAGGUGGAUGUCACCAGGUUAGUUCGAUACUUCAUGAAGGUGGAGGACCCUGGAGUUGCAAGACUACAGGACGGAAGAGUGCUGUCUGGCAGAGAUCUUGGCACUACAACUAUCCAGGUUUUUUCUCCAUUAUCUGAUGUCGUCUUGGCUAAGACAACUGUCAAAGUUGUGGACAACAAAGUGAGCAUCACAGAGUUGGGAGUCCAGGUGGUUGCAGGCCUUUCCAUGACCUUACAGCGUAGUGUGGGUAGCAACAGGGCCAUCUUGGCAACCACUACCACACAAGAGAUUCUGCAGAGCCCCAAACAGGAAGCUUUGGUCAGUGCCUGGGUGCAGUUCAGUGAUGGCAACCAAUCACCUCUUGACAUAUACGAUCCAGCUUUCUACCGUCUAACAAUAACAUCCCUGGACCAGGGGGUGGUGUCAGUCCAGGGCAAACCUCCAGUUGUGGUGGCAGAAGGGGAGGGUGAGGGAGUCCUGGUUAGAGUGGAAAUGUCUAUCUGCGAGGCCUGUCAGAAGUCCAAACGCAAAACCACUGUGGCUGUUGGUAAUGGCAGCCUUAAGGUCAAAUUUCAGACGAACCCUCGGCGGCCGGGCAGCAAUACCCGCAGCCUUGACAGAAGCUCAGCCGGUAAUAAGGACAGCAGUGACUAUGGGAACGAUGGGGAAGAGGUGGACAUCGAGAGGAAGCAGAAGAAACCAUCUCAGGAUCCUCCAUCACUCAUCCUAAACUCCAGUAAAGAUGGCAGUACCGUUCAGAAGAUCUCAACCACAGUAAAAUCAACAGAAAGGCCCCUACAAUCGAUCAGCAGCCUUGAAGGAGUGAGCAAGAUGAGUAAUUCUGGAAACGGCGACAGUCCUACCAGCACGGUGAAUGUCAGCCUCCUGAGUAGCCCCAGAGACAGCAGCAAAGGAUACGAACUGGAUAAUAUGAUUGCGGAGGAAAUGGGUAGUGUCAGCUUUACCAGCACGGUGAAAGCUCCUGGAAAUCUGGUGAACUACAACAACUUCCCAACAAAGGUGGAGAACAACCCUGUGCAGGACUCAACGGACGUAGAAAUUGGUGGCGAAGAAGCAUUGGCUAACAGGCCUCUUACAGACUUGGAGAUUGGCAUGUACGCUCUUUUGAGUGUGUUUUGUCUGGCCAUUUUGGUAUUUCUGGUGAACUGUAUUUCGUACGUUGUUAAAUUCAGGCAGAAGAAGCCUCCCUCUCAUGGUCAGGAGACCACAGGGCACAGGCAUGACUGGGUAUGGCUGGGCACAGACGCUGAACUGGUCAUGACUAUGCCAGGCAGUCCAAUCCAGCAGGACUCCCAGACCACUGUGAUAGACAUUGGGCCUGAUAAGACCGCCACUCUCGCCAGGAGGCCCAGUUGCUUGGCCUCUGUGACAGACUCUCCUCUCAGCUGCUCAGGUUUGCACAGGAGCAAACCCACGCAAAGCGACUCCAUCCACUCGCCCACCAGCAAGAGAAAGAGAGUACAGUUCACUACAUUUUCCACACUCGAGCGCCAGCAUUCACCACACCUUCCACCCAGGGAGAACGGCCACGGCAUUCACUGGGUUGGGAAGGAGGACAAUUGUGAGGAGGAACCUCAAGUGCCCAUUACAGAGCCUGGGGACAACUUUUAG